UAAAAAAUGUAUGACGUCACACUUUACUUUGUUGUUGUUUUGAUCUAGCAAUGGCUUCCUGAUAUUCUUUAAAAUACAUCUUUUAUUGCAAAGAGUUGAACCGACAUACAAUGGGAGGAGCUGUGAGUCGUGGAGAGGAUAAUGAUGAAUUGAUUGACAACUUAGUAGAAGCAGAUUACAUAAAGACACCAUUAGUGGAGAGAGUGUUCCGUGCAGUAGAUAGAGCACACUAUUACACUGAAGAUCACAAAGGCAGUGCUUACAAAGACUUGGCAUGGAAAUUUGGCCAUUUGCAUAUGUCUGCUCCAUGUAUCUACUCAGAAGUGAUGGAGUCAUUGUCAUUAGAACCAGGGCUAUCUUUUCUGAAUCUGGGAAGUGGAACUGGUUAUCUAAGCUCAAUGGUUGGACUGAUAUUAGGCCCAUAUGGCAUAAAUCAUGGAGUUGAAUAUUAUGAAGAUGUUGUGGAGUAUGCCCAGGAUCGAGUGGAAGAUUUUAAACAGAAAUCAAAAUUAUUUGAUGACUUUGAAUUCUGUGAACCAUAUUUUGUGAAUGGGAAUUGUCUUCAGCUACCAACAGAUGUGAUGUUGUAUGACCGUGUGUACUGUGGAGCAGCAUGUCCACCAGAACAUGAAAAUUAUGUCAAAAAUUUGUUAAAAGUUGGUGGAAUUCUUGUGAUGCCCCUGAAUGAUCAGUUGUUACAAGUUAAGAGGGUGGAUGAGGCCAAAUGGGAAUCCAAGAAUGUGAUGUCAGUAUCAUUUGCAACUCUUAUAGCCCCCACAGAAGAGGAAGCUAAUAAUGUUGUAGAAUUACCUGCAGUUGAUCUUCCGUGUCUACAAAACAUGUGUAGAAUAACUGUACGCAGGAUAUUGAGAUCUAACAUAUACAAGCAACAUCCAAAAUUACGUUCAGUUAGAAAAAGAGCUCCGAAAAAACCAAAGAAAACUGCUCCACCAGCAAAUAGACGAAGAAUAAAUAUUGUGCCAACAAACGUUGGAAUGAUCAUGUUAAGUAAUUUUGAUGAGAGUACUGGAAGUGGUGAAGAUGACGAAGAAGGAAGUAAUACCAGAGCUAUAAGAUCACCACAUCUCGACAGUGAUUUUGAUGACAGUGAAAUGGAAGAUGAUGAGGUAACAAUUCCAUCAAGAGAUCUGAAAGCUGACAAUGAUAGUGAGGGUGUCAUACCAGAAGAUUUCUUUGAUUAUGAUGAGGAUUCUGAUGAUGGGUUGAAAAAUGAAAAACAAAAUGGAGCAAAUUGUGAUAAAAAUAUUGAUGGAAAUAAUGAAACUAGGGAAAAUGAUGAGGAAAAUAUCGAGGACGAUGAUGAUGAAACUAUUCCAAUCCCAUCCUCAGCAAAUCCACGGUUAGGUUUGAGACUAAGCCAACUAAGUUCACGCAUUGAACAAAUGCGUGCACUUUUGCGCGCUCAGAGAUGCAUGGAUUUGUUAAAUGGAGCAGACGCCUCAGCUGAUGAGGAUGAAAAUGAAGAAGAUAAGGAAAUGGAAAAUGAUGAAACAAUUAGUAAGAAGAUAAAAACAGAAGACAAAACAGAAAGUAGUACGGAAAAUUCAGAAGAGGAUCAUGAAGAAGAAGGUAUGGACAUAGCUGAUGUGAUUGAUUUCCAUAACAGAGUGAAGAAAACGUCACGGUGUAUGUCAAACAAUAGUGCUGAUACAUCUGAAACUUCAGGUAUUGGUUCAUUCUCUGAUGCCUCUGCAUUUGGAUCUUUUAUAGACGAUCACUUACCAGAAAUGGGAAAUGGACGGUCAUUAAGUCAGAAAAGUUCUCCGGAUGAAAGUAGUCCUGAGCGAAGCUGCUGUGAUCAAAUUGUUGAAGAAGAUGAAACGGACAUUAAACAACCAGAAAAUAAUAAUGACGAGGAUGAAGGUAUUGUGAAUGACAAAGACAUUGUUGAUACUGAGACAGAUGAUGACAGUGAACCACGUGAAAAUAUUAAAACUUAUAUGCAGGACAAAAUUUAUGUACUGCCGCUUCCUGAAGCUAUGAAAGCUUACAUUAACUACUAUAGAAAAUGCUAGAAAAAAGUUUGGUGUAUGUACAAUUAUUCCACAAUGUUAAGCUAAGAGUUGUACACAUAAAAUUUUUGCACACUAACAGAAUACAAUUUACACCAAUUUGUUAGAAUUCUUUGGUAAAGAGAAGCAUGAAAUACUGACAAGGAAAAGGGGAAGUUCACAAGAACUCUAUUUAGACCCUGAAAAUUAAAUUAUGCUGUAGUUCACCAUAGAAGCAGUCAUACGGUUUCAGUCUUAAUGUAUUUAGUUAAUUAAACCAUACUGAUAUCUAAAGUUCAAUGUAUACAGAGCUGUUUGUUCUAAAAAAAAGCAUAAUUAUUUUGCGAGACAAAGGGAUGCUAAUCAGUCAGCAGGAGCAACAGCAUAACAUAAUAAUGUAAAGUUUAAUAUUCAGAAGGUAGAAGAACUAGUUACGUUACUUGUACACAUUUGCCUUACAUUACAAAGUUUCUGUCUGCAGUCUGUUCAUUUUCCUUGACGUCAUUUUCAUGGUUCAGUGACUGCUUCAAAAACUGUAUAGUUUAUUAUCAUAUGACGUAUUCACUUAUUAUGAAUGAUAAGACAACUUUUUUUUGCUUGGUAUAUGGAAUCAUUGCAACAUCUAAAUGUCUUUCAGGCAGGGUAACCUGACCUUGAACUCAUUUCAUGGAUCAAUGGUAAAUUUUUGUUGUCAAUUCCUUAUCUCAGUUACUAUAAGCAAAACAAAAUGAAGGUCAACUAUAUUUGGUGUAUGGAAUGAUUGAAAGGAGGACAUACAUGUCUAGCAGGGUUCAUCUGACCUUGAACUUAUUUGAAAUGUUCAUUUGUCAAUGUUGAGUUUAUGUGAUACCUGUAAUGGAACUUUUAUCUUCAAGACUUUCAACAUAAAAUCUAAUCAUGAUCAGUAAAGCAGUGUGUGCAUUCUUGUUUUUUUCUUUUCAUGAGAAAACUCCUUUUUACCCAUUUAUAAGUUUACAACAUUUUCUGACCAUAACAAAUUAAUGAUCAAUAGUUGUAAAAAGAAAAGAUAUAUUUUAUUACAAGAAAGUAAUUUAUGUGGGAAUAUGGGUCAAGUUUUUCCAGAGUUAUAAACUGAAAUAGGCCAAAUCGCUCUUAAAUUUUUUUUUUCAGAAUGAAAGAUCAUAAUUAGAGUUAUUGUUGUAAUAUCAUGAGUUAAAAACCGUAUUUAAACACUAUAUUUAAGUGUGAUAUAUCCAAAUAUUUUGUUAUGUGAAUGGUGAUGUAAUCAUAGUUAAAAUUUGCAUGGAUUUUAAAGGGCAUUAUUAUCUCUUUGUAAACCUACUAUUCUCCAUUGUUUGUUUCUUUUUCCUGUAUAGGGAAUUUUUUUAAAGUAAAAUCAUGAACAAUAUCAAAAGUUCAAUAGUCCGAUGUUCCAACAGAUUGAGAGAAACUAUAUCAAAAAAGAUUUAACAAAAAAUACUGAACUCCAAGGAAAAUUCCAAAAUUCAUACAAAAUUUGACAGAUAUACAGCAGCUGGAUAACAUAGAUCAUUUGUAUUUUAUAUAUCUAUUAGAUAAUUUGUAUCUUGGCAUUGUAGAAAAUCAGGCUAAUGCUGUGAUUUCUUGUUUUAAACUUUAGUCACAUAAAAGGUUUAAAGGAUAAUAUUUUACUAAAAUUUAUUGUUCAGUUUGCUUAAUUUCUCAAUUUUAUUUUGAGUGUGCCAACCAGUAUGCUACUUUAAAUGGGGAUAACUUUUCUUUAACAUUUGACUAGACACAAAAGUCCAUAUUGAUAUGGACUAUUCCCAGCAUCUUUGGAACUUGUUCAUAGAGAGAGUUCACGAAAUAGGUUUUGAUAUCAAAAGCAUAACCAUCUAAAACUCUACUUCUGAUUGUAGCUGGCAUUCAACAGUUUUGUUAACAGUACAUACAAGGUGAUUUUGUAAAAAAUCACUUUUGCUGAGGAUAAGUGAAUCCCAAUGAAACAAGGUGAUUGUUGGUGAUAAAGAGUGAACACAUUGUCAAAUUGCAUGUGUUGUCCCACAAUUGACCAACUUUGUUUUAAAAAUAAAAUUUGGAUAUUAGCAUUUUGUAGAUUACUCAUUAAAUUCUUACGAUAUUGUUAAUGUUUUUUGUAGCUCUAGACUGGGUUUUGAUACAUUUUGUAGGUCUAGACUGGGUUUUGAUACAUUUUGUAGCUCUAGACUAGGUUUUGAUACAAGUUUUUCAUUAUUAUUCUUUACAACAUGAAGCAAAUAAUUUGUGGAAAAUGAAGUGUGAUGGCAAACACUGACAAUAGUAUACCGUUCCUAGUCUGUGAUAUGAACAAAUACAUUUGUACUAUAAAAUGUAUUAAUUUAUUGUAAAUAAUUGUUGUGUUCAGUUGGACAAGUUUUAUUGAAUGUUUAUUUUGGUUUCUAUGGCUACAUAGUACUAUUUGUUUGAGAGAGAACAUGAAGGUAUGAAUUGGAAUGUACAAAUGCUUCAUUAUUGAAAGAAAAAGUCACUUUAUGAUGACACAGAUAUCUCAAGUUAAUGUUUGGAAUUGGAAAUAAAUGACUGGUAGAAAGUGUGAAAGAGAAAGAGAGAAACAGAUGACAUCAAUGAGAUAGAGAAAAUUAAGCUUUAUUUCAAUAGUGGUAAUUCUUGUAAAAUAGUUUUGACUCAUUCAUCAGGAAAUUUUCAUGGCUUUAAUAAUGAAAUGUAAAAUGUUAACCCUGGCAGUAAUGUAAUUUUUUUGUCUUAUGCAUUUGAAACUGCACAUUUAGGAUUUAGCAUUUUGCUUCAGUUAAAAUCUUUGUUUAUGCUGUUUUUGUUUUUAUUAAUGAGUUAAUAUAUUGUUUUAAGAGUCUUUAAGAAAGGAUUCAGCAUUCUUCACAUGGAAAUUUGUAUGACAUUGACCUUUGAUCUGUUUUUAAGAAAUCAAUGAAAAAUGGUUUGCAUAUUAGAGAGGCAUCAGAAUAUUUUUGUAUGACUGAUUGUGUAAUACUGUUAUGAAAGGAUAUUUUUCAAAAUUGCAUGUUUUAUAAUUUGUAUUAUCAAAGACAAGACUAGAAGAGUGCUGAUUUCCCUAUUAGUUUGACUAUGAAAGAAUUUAUAUUCCUCAUGUUUUGUGAAAAACAUUCACUGAUGAAGGUAAUAACAAAUACAGUUAUCAUAAACAGAUAUACCAUUUAGUGUUUUGUUCAUUUUUGUCUGGAGUAAAAACAUUUCAGAAAAGUAAGGCAACUCUAAGAUGAAAUUGCAGUAGCCUUGAAUCUUGGCUUAGUUUACCUUUCAUUACUAGGAUGGAAUCUACUGGUUGAUAUAAAAUCCAUCUGAAAGAGGCCAAUAUUUCACAAAAAAGAAUCUAUAUAUAUCUCCCAUUAGUUCUUUUGGAAAGAUGAUUAAUUUAGAAUAGUGAAGAAAAUGUUUUUUGACUGUUUAACAUAUCAGCUGUAUGUAGCUUAAAUGAUGCAGUUGUUAGAUUUAGCACUUUGGAAGCAAAUGUUUCACGUCUGUCACAUGGUCAUCACUUGGCCGUCAUUACAGUAAAAUCAUUAAAUUUAGAUGUCCAUUUCUGUAGGUUUCUGUGGUUUAUUACUUACACUAUAUAACAGAACAAAAUAGAACAGUCAUUUUCAAAGUAUAAAUAUGCCAAUAAAUUUUGUACAGAAUUAAAAAUUGAUUGUUUUUUGUUCAGAACUUUGAAUUAUGUUUUUUGGUUAGAUUUUUCAUGAGAUGUUUUUGGUUCAUUUUGAAUCAGUUUUCAUAUUGUUUGUUGCUAUAUAUUUGUGUGUUAUCAAGAGAUGUUAAUGUAUUCUGAAAUAAAUUGGAGCACACUUGU